AUGCCUGUCAGUAUGCCUAUCAGUACGCUCAAAGGCUCCUGGAAGCGGCUUCUUGACGACGAGCGACUCCGCAGAUCAUCACAAGUUCUAUCUGUGAUCGAUCAGAAUGUCUGCAUCUUUGGUGGUGAGGUGAAACCAAGGGAACCCAUAGAUGACAAAGUUGACAUCUUCUCGCUCAAGUCUGAUGCAAAGAAUUUGGAAACUAAGGCUAUUUCUUCGGCACCCACUCCGCGUGUUGGAAGUGCAUCAGCCGUACUGGAUGGUAAGAUGUAUCUUUUCUCUGGUCGAGGCGGCAUCGAUAUGGCCCCGAUAGAGGAGCAUGGCGCAGUGUGGUGCUUCGAUCCGGCAAGCUCAGCCUGGUCAAAUAUCAUGCCGACUGAUUCGUCUGCACCAUACCCACCAGCUCGCAGCUAUCACUGCUCCACCAGUGAUGGCAAGGACACUUUCUUCCUCCAUGCUGGAUGUCCAGCAAGUGGCCGCCUCUCAGAUCUGUGGAUGUUCAAUGUCAAAGAUCGUACAUGGACACAAGCUCCCGAUGCUCCAGCACCCCACAGAGGAGGAACCUCCAUUGCCUACAGUGGUGGCAAGCUAUACAGGAUGAACGGAUUUGAUGGCACCACCGAGCAGGGUGGUAGUAUCGAUGUCUUUGAUAUUUCCAACAACACUUGGUCGACCGAGACGUUCAAGGCUGAUGGAAAUGACGGGCCUGAGGCUCGUAGUGUCUGUGUGCUUCUACCAGUCAAGCUUGCUAAGAAGGACAAGCUUCUCACUCUCUUCGGUGAACAUGAUCCUUCGUCGCUUGGUCACGCUGGCGCAGGCAAGAUGUUGAAGGAUGUCUGGAUAUACGACAUUAGCGAGAAAUGGUGGACACAACUACAUCCUAAUGGCAGCGAUGGUGUUCCCGAUCCGCGUGGCUGGUUUGAUGCCGAUGUCGUCAAGGCUGAGAGCGGCAACGACAGUGUUAUCAUCCACGGUGGGCUUGGCGAGAACAAUGAGCGACUGGCCGACAUGUGGCAGCUCGCCUUCUAA